AAUUCCUCGAUUUCUAUUUCUUUGCGUCUCCAGUCUUUCCUAUACCUUUUAUCAGUCAUGCGUUUCUAAACAUCCACAACCCCUCCACGGACAAACCACCCACCUACAAUGCACACUUUCACAACGACCCUCUUAACCCUCGCCGCUCUCCUCCCCCCCACCCUCUCCCAAUGCCCCCUCUACACAACCUACGCCUCCUCCCGGCACCCCCCCUACACAGAAACCCGCCACAACCUCUCCUACGCCCGCCCCAUCCCCUCCUGCCGCACCUUCCCAAGCCAAGACGUCGAAGCCACCAUCGCGCGCCUCCGCCACGUGAUCACCGACCCGGACCUCUUCCGCCUGUUCGAAAACAGCUGGCCCAGCACGCUCGACACGACGAUCGCAUGGCGCGGGUGGUCCAAUGCGUCGCGUGGGGAGCCCGAGGAACUGACGUUUGUGAUUACCGGGGAUAUCGAGGCGAUGUGGUUAAGGGAUAGCGCGAAUCAGCUACAAGCGUAUCUGAGCGUGUUGAAGCCGAGUGGGGAGUGGGAUAGUUUGGCGAGUGUGUUUAGGGGCGCGGUGAAUCUCCAGGCGAGGUAUGUGCUGGAGGCGCCGUUUUGCAAUGCGUUUCAGGCGCCGGAGGAGAGCGGGAGGGAGCGCAGGAGCUCGAUGAAUAGCGAUCGGAUUACGCCUGCUUUCGACUACAUGAGUGUGUUUAGCUGCCAGUGGGAGCUGGAUUCGCUGGCGAGUUUCUUGCAGCUUAGUGCUGAUUACGCGGGGGCGACGGGGGACUGGGCGUUCUUUGGCCGGGGGAACUGGACGAGGGCUGUGGAAACGGUGCUUCAGACGGCGGAGAGCAUGAUGAUUGAUUCGUACGAUGAGGAGGGGAACUGGCAGCACACGCCGUAUACGUAUUGUGCGCCGUAUGGCGGGACCCCGAUUAACGACUGCAACGGCUCGCCGCAUAGAGGCAAUAUCGGGCUGGUGCGCAGCUUCCAUCGCCCUAGCGACGACGCGUGUUUAUUCCAGUACUUGAUACCGAGCAACAUGAUGUUCAGCACCGCGUUGAACGCCUCCGCUGACAUCGUCGCGCGACUGCCCAACCAAGCCCCCCUCGCAGCGCGCAUGCGCGCCCUCAGCGCGGGGAUACGCACUGGAAUCACCACCCACGGCAUCGUCAACGAUCCCAAAUACGGACCCAUCUUCGCCUACGAAAUCGACGGCUACGGCUCCGCAAACAUAAUGGACGACCCGAACAUCCCGUCCCUCCUCUCCGCGCCGUGGAUAAACUACACGCACGUCACAGACCCCAUCUACGCCGCUACCCGCCGCAAGAUCCUAUCCCGCGACAAUCCGUAUUACACAUGGGGCCCCGUGCUCAGCGGCGUGGGCAGCAUGCACACUUUGCCCGGGCGCGCGUGGCCGAUGGCGAAUGUGAUGAGUGUGUUGACUAGUGGGGAGGAUGAGGAGGUGCUGAGGGAGUUGGGGGCGUUGGUGGGGAGUACGGAUGGGUUUGGGGUGCUGCAUGAGAGUGUUGAUAGUCAUAGGGAGGGGGUGUGGAGUCGGCAGUGGUUUUCGUGGGCGAAUGGACUGUUUGGGCAGGCGGUACUGGAGCUGGAGAGGGGGAGGCCGUGGGUCUUGGGGGGGUCGUUUCAGUAG